CAAACUGGGGCAGCCUUUCCCUCUUAAUCUCAGAGAGUUUUUAAUUGCUCAUUACUUUCCAGAGUGCUCUCUCUCUCUCUUUCUCUCUCCUAAAACCCCAACUCUCCCACAAAAAUUCCCUGUCGACAAAUGGAGAUCGACGGCGAAAUCAACGGCGAGGCAGUAGGACGAUGCCUAAGUAGCUUCGUAGACGACGGCACCACCGAAAGCCACCGCUACUACCUUGCUCGAAGAACCACUCUCGAGAUGCUCAAAGACAGGGGUUAUGCAAUCCCCAGUUCCGAAAUUGAUCAAUCUCUUCAUGAAUUUCGCACUAUUUUUGGCCCUAUUCCCGACCCUGAUCGUCUCCGUAUCACCUCCUUUCUCGCCUCCGACCCCUCUAAAACGAUCAUGGUGAUUUUCUGUGGGCCUCAGCUGGUCAAAGUGAACUCAAUACGUGGCAUUGGAGCUCAGAUUGUUAACAAAGAAGGUUUGAAUGGCUUGAUACUGAUAUUACAAAGUAAAAUAACAAGCCAAGCUCAGAAAGCCGUGGAUGAAUACCCGUUUAAAGUUGAGAUAUUUCAAAUAACUGAUUUGCUCGUGAAUAUCACAAAGCAUGUUUUGAAGCCAAAGCAUCAAGUGCUGACUCCUAGAGAGAAAGAGAAGCUCUUGAAGAAAUACAAUUUGGAAGAAAAGCAGCUUCCUCGAAUCUCGGCUAAGGAUGCAAUUGUAAGACAUUAUGGAUAUGAGAAGGGGCAGGUACUCAAAGUGACGUACAGUGGAGAGAUCACACAAUCUCAUGUCACUUACCGCUGUGUAUCAUAAAUUCAUUUGGUGCAGAGCCAAAUCUACUUUCUCUAGUGCUUCUGUUUUUAGGCCUAGUUAGUUUAGCCUUGUAAUUUUAUGGAACAAAUAAUGUUCAAUGUCGUGGAAUAUUGUAGACAUGAAAUUCUUUUCCUGUCGUAUUCCUCUUCCUGUUGUGUAACAUAUGGAAUUGAUAUUUGGUUCUCUGGCCUUACUGUUUUUCAGCCUAAUUGGCUUAUUAGUUUAGCCUUGUAAUUUUAUUGAACUAUAUUGUUCGACGCUCUGGAGUAUUAUAACAUGAAUGAUUCCAUAAAUUGAAUGCUAUUUCUUGCCCC